AUGGGCCUGCGACCAUGGGCCUCGUCGUUCUUCGCUCAAGCACGUCAAGCCUCACCGGAGUUUCUCUCGGAGUACGACUUCGCCGAGGGGCUCAACAAGGCCGGCGACUCUCUUCGCUGCGUUGCGCUGCUACAUCCUGCAGAUGGAGCGCCGCCGGCAGCCGCCAAUGCGGGCGUCAACGGUCGCAGUGCCUUGCAUUUGGCCAGCGCCAAUGGUGCGUUGGGUGCGGUGAAAGCCCUACUGCAAGCGCAUGCCACGCCGGACUCGUGCAAUGCAGAAGGCUUGACUCCCUUGCACCUUUCAGCAGUGCACGGUUUCGCCAGCGUGGCCAAAGCCUUGCUCUCCGCUCGAGCGGAUGCAAAUGUGACCUGCCAGGAUGGACGGCUUCCUUUGCAUCUGGCGACCAAAUCGCAGGUGGUGCUUGAACUUCAAGCCUACACGCAGCGCCAUGAGGAGGGCUACACGCGCACCAGCGACUGCAGCGGCGUGCACCAGCGCCGGAAUGGCCGGUCCGACGCGGUGAGGCGCUUCUUGACGACCGAAGGGUCGUCUAGUAGAUGCCAUGAAGGGGAUGAGAGACCCUCGCGUCGCUCCAUGGAAUCUGUGGCCAGCAAUCGGAGUCGUACCAGCAACUGCAGUUUCACCAAGCUGCGCGAGAGCGUGCACCAAGAGAUUGGACCAAAUAGUUUCGAGUUCCUCGUGCGACUGGGUCGCGGUGCCUUUGGGGAGGUCUUCCACGUCAAGCAGAAAAGCAACGGUCGGAGCUAUGCCAUGAAAGUUCUGCACAAGGAGAAAGUGAUGGGAAGCAACCUGCUGCGCUACGCCUUCACGGAACGCAACAUUUUGUCCUACAUCCAACAUCCAUACAUCGUCUCGUUGCAUUAUGCCUUUCAAACGCCAAAGCACUUGGUGCUGGUGAUGCAAUACUGCCCAGGUGGGAACCUGCAGCAACUCAUUCGACGUCUCGGUCGGAAGCUGCAGGGCCUCUCAAUGCCUUUGGCGCAGCUCUAUGCAGCGGAGCUGCUCUUGGCUUUACAGCACCUGCAUGAAAGGAACAUCGUGUAUCGGGACUUGAAACCCGACAAUGUUGUCUUGGAUGCAGCAGGCCAUGCCAUGUUGACGGAUUUUGGUUUAUCCAAGGAUGGAGUGCGACGUCAUUUGGGGACGCGUACGCAUUGUGGAUCGGUUGCUUACUUGGCACCGGAGAUUCUGCUGGGGCAAAAGUAUGGACAUACGGUGGAUAUCUACAACUUGGGCGUUUUACUGUACAACAUGCUGCUUGGUCUCCCUCCAUUCUUCCACCACGAGAAGGAGACCUUGCAGAGAAACAUUGUGCAUGCGCAAUUGGAGCUACCAUCCGUCUUGAGCACUGCUGCACAGUCCUUUAUCCACGUGACCAUGGCGCGCGACCCGCGCAAGCGCCUGGGUGCCGCCUCCACGGCUGACCUCCGACGCCAUGAAUUCUUUCGAGACAUGAACUUCGAGCUUUUGAAGCAGCGAAAGGUGCCCUUGCCUGAACGCUUACCGCCAGCAGAUGCAGAUCUGAAAGCCGUGAAGCCAGGUCGACCGCCCAAAGUCAGCACCUUCGCGCCCGUGUUGCAUCGCGGCGCGGUGCCUGGCUGGGAUUUCGAGGCGCCGAAGGCGAUGGUGGAGUGCCCAGGUUCUUCACCCUGCAGGCCGCGCCGCUGGAGGUUUCGCCUGUGCGGUCUGAAGUGGUGA